CCCUCCCGUUAUUUUGAGGACCGGACUGGUGCGACUAUACUACUGCCGGAUGCCAAAUCCGGGAUCUCGGCUCCGAGAGGCUCAUCUGGCAAAAGGGCGCGGAAACCACGGGGGCCCUGAGACUGAGUGGGCUAUCCCACUUCUCUCUGGGUGGCGGGGCUGUAGCUAGCGACUGACAGGCGCAGCGAAAGGCAGCCCUCUGCUGUACGGAGGAAAACUGAGGCCUGGGAGCAGGAACCUGUAGGCAGCGCUUGAGGGUAGCGGGAUAGCAGCUGCUAGUGCGCGUGGGAGGCGGGGGCUCUGGGCGGAACAAAAAUCACAGGAUGUCAGAGGAUGUUUCCCGGGAAGAACUGGAAUAAAGGGUGGGUAUCACUACCUGCCCCAAGAUACUUGAGACUGGGAUGACGCUGGUGUCAAAGAUCAAGACUCCCACGCUGAGUUCAGGGAGUUAGUUUGAUGCAGCAGGUCAUAGGUCACACCAGUGAAAAGACUCUUGAGUCCCAAACCCAGGAAGUCUUUUGGGAGGUUUGAAGCUUCUCUUAGCAAGAACUCCAUCAAUUAGAGUUCAAGGAGAUAGUAUGUCGUAAGGGUCAAAAGCAGGCAAGGAGAGCCUAUGGCGAUGUCAAAGGUCAUAGACUUAGGGUGCCCUCUAAGACUGGUAACAGAUGAACAGCUUCACUCAUGCACGCUCCUCUCCUGACUAGAAGGGUCCCAGCACCAUGGAGGACCCGAACUCUGAAGAGAACAUGAAGCAGCAGGAUUCACCCAAGGAGAGAAGUCCCCAGAGCCCAGGAGGCAACAUCUGCCACCUGGGGGCCCCGAAGUGCACCCGCUGCCUCAUCACCUUCGCAGAUUCCAAGUUCCAGGAGCGUCACAUGAAGCGGGAGCACCCAGCGGACUUCGUGGCCCAGAAGCUGCAGGGGGUCCUCUUCAUCUGCUUCACCUGCGCCCGCUCCUUCCCCUCCUCCAAAGCCUUAAUCACCCACCAGCGCAGCCACGGUCCAGCCGCCAAGCCCACCCCACUGGUUGCAACCACUACUGCCCAGCCCACCUUCCCUUGUCCUGACUGUGGCAAGACCUUUGGGCAGGCUGCUUCUCUGAGGCGGCACCGCCAGAUGCAUGAGGCCCGUGCCCCUCCUGGCACCUUCGCCUGUACAGAGUGCGGUCAGGACUUUGCUCAGGAAGCAGGGCUGCAUCAACACUACAUUCGGCAUGCCCGAGGGGAGCUCUGAGUGCAGCUUAAGCGUCUCCGUGGUGACAGGUGGCUCUGUGGCCAGUAGGACUCACCCAUGAUACGGGGUGCAGGAAUUCCGGGGGCCCUGAGGGAUUUGCUUCCCUCCCCUGGGAAGGCAGAGGGCUCCUAAUAAAGAGGACCCAGAAGAUUCUCAUUUAGAGCUUCAGUCUUUGGAGGACACAGGGCCUUCGUGAGACAGUGAAAUCAGACAAUAACGAGAUCUUUCGUUAAAAAAAAAAAAUGGGAAUGGAGUGCGGGAGAGAAAUGGUUUGUGUCUCCCUUAUUCCCAGUUAAACACCUAGCUGCAGACUGUGUCAUCACCCUUCAUUCUUCCCAGAUGGAUGCCAUGGGCAAUGGAAGCAAAAUGCCCUGGACCUUUGCCUGAAUGGGGGCAGGGAAGGUGAGGUGUUGCUGGCCUGUAAUGCCACCAGAUGAGUUCCAGAUGUGGAGCAACUUGGGCUUUUGGGGAUGGGGCAGCACAGUUGGGAGCUGGACCCCAAUUGAGUGGGGUGGCAAUUGGAGUCCUUGUGUCUCUUUCCCACCCCCUGCCAACCUCACUCAGAGGGGCCAUGGCACUAGAUGGCACUAGUCCCCCGAUAAUUUAUGUCUCAUUUAAAUAAUUUUGUAUAUCAUUCUGGUCAUGAAAUAUUUUUUCAUAUGUGUAGGUGAAAUGGUAUGAAUAAGCUAACAGGAAUAGUAUCUAAAAACAGAAAACAUCCAUAUUAAAAUGUCUAAACAGGGAGCUCUGGCUUUUGAGUGGGAAUUUCCAGAGAACAUAAGGGUGUGGGCAGGUGGGGGAACUCAGGCCAGAGUUGGCCUUGCUUUGUGGGGAAACUGGUUUGGAAUCAAACAGAGAUACCUUCUGUUUCGGAUUUUAUUUGGCCAACACUGGGAGAUUUCCCAUUAAGAUCCUAUUUUCAGCUCUCUUGAAAGGCCCAACCUAGGGUGACAUUGUCAGCAGGGGCAGGGCAGAAGCUACAACAGGCUGGAGGGGAACAGUGGGUGUCAUCCUCAACUGGAGAUGAGUCCCAUCAGGCCAGUUUUACCCCCUUAGUUACCUGCCCUGCACUUGCAGACAAUGGUCAAUGCCCUGCAUAUAAUACUUAUAGACUCUGUUUAUGUUGAGGGAUGUUUUUAAAGCCCAGGUGAGGUGGAUGUGGUAGACUGAUCACUGUCUCUCAGUUUUUAGCUAGGCACAUGGUAGCUGAAAAGACUACAUUUCCCAGAUUCCUUCGCAGCUAGAUGUAGCCAUGUGACUGAUUCUGGCUAAAUUCCUGGGUAGAACACUCAAGCUUAAGAAAGGGACGGCGGGGCACAGUGGCUUACACCUGUAAUCCCAGCACUCUGUGAGGCUGAGGCUGGUGGAUCACCUGAGGUCAGGAGUUUGAGACUAGCCUGGCCAACAUGGUGAAACCCCAUCUCUACUAAAAAUACAAAAAUUAGUCAGGUGUGGUGGCAUACACCUGUAACCCCAGCUACUUGGGAGGCUGAGGCAGGAGAAUUGCUUGAAUUUGGGAGACAGGCUGCAGUGAGUCAAGAUCAUGCCACUGCACUUCAGCCUGGGUGACAGAGUGAGACUGUUUUUUAAAAAAAAGAAAAGAAAGGGACAUACCUUUUUUCCACCUUCCUAACUGUAAUACAGACAUAGUAUCCAGCCAUCUCAGACCAUAAGGACAAGAACGACACAUGGGAUGGCAGAGCAACAAGACAGCAGGAGCCUGGGUCUCUGGUCAAUUUCAGGGAGCACAGCCACCAUACCAGCCCACUUCCAUAUUGCUAUCUAAGAAAGAAAGAAACUUCUAAUUUAAGCCAUCAUUAUUCUGGGUUUCUGUCACGUGCAACAGAAUUUACAGCCUAAGACAGGGGUCUGCAAACUAUGGCCAACUCUAGCCUGCUGCCUGAUUUUGCAAAUAAAAUUUUAUUUGAACACAGUUUUAUACUCAUUCACUUAUGUAUUGUUGAUGGCUACUUUUGCCUAGAACAGCAGAUCUGCAUAGUUGCAUCAGAGAUCUUAUGGUUUCCAAAACUUAAAAUAGUUACCAUCUAGCCCUUUGCAGGAGAAGUUUGCCAACCCCUGGUCUAAUAAGACAUUCAACCUACUCUGAGUCUGGAAGCAGAAAUUUCGAUCCUGGGAACCACUACCUUUACCAAGUAGGUAGGUAGGGUGUGUGUGUGUGUUUUGGGACAGGGCUACCCUGGAUCUCUUUGCUGGGGUGACUUAUAGGGAGACUGGUUGGAGUUAGUAGACCAUCAGUUUUUUUCAAGAUACCAACUUCAUGAAGAGCCAGAUAUUUCCUCUGGCUCCUGGUGAACGCUCAGAAGUUUCCAACCCGGAUAUUUUCACACUACCCCCACAGUGGCUCCCCUAAACCCAAACCUAAGGAUCUAAUCCCACAUGCUCUCCCAAGAUAGCAGCCUGCCCAAGUACACUCUGGGCUUCCUGUUCUCUCCAGACGUCACAGAUUCUCUAAAUAGCAUCACUGAUGACUUCCACAUUUUUAUCUGCAGCCCAAACCCCAGACAUAAGAUACAACCAUUUGAAUAAACAAAUGGAGAUCUCAAACUUAAAAUAGGUCAACAUGACUCCUGUGGCCCGACCUGCACCACUGCCAUCAUGUUAGUAAAAAACUGUGCACUCUUUUAAAUUCUUUUGAGUCUUGCUCUGUCUCCCAGGCUGGAGUGCAGUGGCGUGAUCUCGGCUCACUGAAGCCUCCGCCUCCUGGGUUCAGGCAAUUUUCCAGCCCCAGCCUCCCGAGUAGCUGGGAUUACAGGUGUGCACCACUACAACUGGCUAAUUUUUGUAUUUUUAAUAGAGACGAGGUUUCACUAUGUUGCUCAGGCUGAUCUCAGACUCCUGGCCUCCAGUGAUCCGCCCACCUGGGCCUCCCAAAGUGCUGGGAUUAUAGGUGUGAGCCACUGCACCUGGCCUUCAUUUUUUUUGAGACAGGGUCUCACUGUGUAGCUCAGGAUAGAGUGCAGUUGCAAAAUCUCGGCUCACUGCAGCCUUGACCUCCUCGGGCUCAGAUGAUCCUCCCACCUCCGCCUCCCUCCCUAUAGCUGAGACUACGGGUGUGCACUACUAUGAACAGCUAAUUUUUUGUAGAGACGGGGUUUCACCACGUUGUUUAGGCUGGUCUUGAACUCCUGAGCUCAAACAAUCCGCCCACCUCGAUCUCCCAAAGUGCUAGGAUUACAGGCGUGAGCCCCCGUUGUCUGGCUGACUUUCAGCCUUCUAACACCUGUGUAACUAUUCCCUGUAUUAAAUCCUCUUUGGGAAAUGCCUGGCCUGAUUCCAUAUCCUGAAUGGAUGCUGGCUGAACGACCCAACUCCUGAUUUAUAGUGUCUCUUGUGAUCCUUAGGAAUAUUUGCCAAUGAUGGAAAUUCUCUGUAUCUGUCCUUAGAAAUCCUGUCUUACAGCAGAAGACAGGAUGGGGUGCUGCUCCAGAAAAUAAAACCUAUGAUCACACUUA